GGGACAUUCCUGCUUUGACGACCGGCCAUGAUUUGCUGAGCAACUCGACACUGGCUUCAAAGAUGCGUGUGUGGAAGACGCAGCGGUAGACACGGAUCCGAGCCCCGGGACAACAACACGGACACGGAGCGCACCGAAGCCGGGACAACUUAACAACCAAACAACCAACCAACUUCCCACCACCUCAACUCUACUCAACUCGGGUCGGAGGAAGGAGGGAGAGGGGGGUAGUGUCGCACCUUGGCUCCCGGAGCUUGAAGCUGCUUGAGCGGGUUCUGAGAACUCUCCGUCCGCCCCUACACCUCCGCGUUCCUCCGGUCGACUCGCACUUUGAGCCCGUGUCUAAUGGAGGGCCCCGUACGGAUUUGCCACCAGAAGAAUGCGUUUUGGUGCUAAUUCAACCGACGGCGAACCAGCUUUUGCCCUUCGCUACGAGAGGUUUGCUGCUCAGACCAGGAAGUGCGUGCUGGACUCGGGGGCUGCUGGCAGGGGUCAAAGUGCACCAUGGACAGUGGCCUCAGGGUCCUCCUGUCCACUGUGCUGUGUCUGAGCCAGUCCCUGCUCAUCAGCUGCUCGUCUCAGUAUCCCUCUUUCCGCUCUGAACCCACCUCCUUGGUUCAGAGUCUAGGCUCAGUUGCUCACCUGCGCUGCUCCGUAAACCCUCCAUCGGCUGUGGUCUCCUGGCGUUUCGGAGGACGCCCCCUGGACCCGGACGCCCUGCCCGGACUGGAGAUCAGUGGGGGCACCCUCACCAUCUCCUCCCUUCAACCCGGUCACGUUGGCGCGUACCAAUGCGUGGCGCGCUCGGAGCACGGGCCGGCCGUCGCCAGCCGCCAAGCACGCGUGGCGAUCGCAGAAAUCUCACAAUAUGAAGAAGGCAGGCGGCGGACGUUAUCGGUGCGGGAAGGCAGCACGGCGCUUAUAGAGUGUCGUCUACCGCAUAGCAUCCCCCCAGCUCUGCCACGGCUACGAGUACGAGGGGAGUGGAUAGAAGAGUCAACAGAUGACUAUUUAGUUCUUCCAUCUGGGAAUCUUCAGAUUAUCUCAGUUUCAUCCCAACAUCAAGGCAUGUAUAAAUGUGGCGCUUACAACCCUGUUACCCGGGAAACCGUCAUGCAGCCUCACGGUACCAAGAUAUCCAUCAAAUAUUCAGAAACCUCGUCUCCUGCGCGGGUCAUUUACCCAUCAGCCCCGGUGACUCUGACGGUGCAGCAGUCACAGCCGCUGACGCUGGAAUGCGUUGUGUCUGGGAGUCCUCCACCGAUGGCCAAGUGGUUUAAGAACAGCAAAGAGGUAACACUGGGGCCGUCUCUCAAACGACAACACAACAACCUUGCCUUCGCCACGGUGACGAAAAGUGACGGAGGGAGUUACACUUGCGCUGCCGAAACCGAACAGGGAAUAAUCACCAGUGCCAGCUAUACUGUGAACGUUUUAGAACCUGUGUCCAUCAUCGAAGGCCUGACAGACCAGAUCAAACAUCCAGGCUCCUCCGCUCAGUUUACCUGCGUAGCUAAGGGAAACCCAGCCCCGAAUGUCACCUGGAUGUUCAACGCUGAAUCCAUCACCCCAUCGCAGCGAUUUCAGAUCAGUGGAGCCUCGCUGGUUGUUACAGAUGUGACGCCACAGGAUGAGGGAGUUUAUCAGUGUCUGUUGGACAACGGGAUCGGAGUGGCACAGUCGUACUGUAUGAUGUCUGUCCAGUCAGAUUCGACCCUGGGCUCCACCACCGGCGACACUCUGGAUCCUUCACCGUCGCUCCACCCCAUGCAGAGUGACGAAGGCCACGACCACUUCCUGACCGACGACGAAGGCGCAGGCGACUCCAUCAACGUCCCGACCGACCGGAGCAACGACCGACCGACACCGGAGGCGCCCAUCAUCAUCAGCCCGCCUCAGACGCACAAACCGGACAUGUACGACCUGGAGUGGAGGGCGGGCCGCGACGGAGGCAGCCCCAUCAAUGCUUAUUUCGUUAAAUACCGAAAGGUCGAUGAAAUGGGAACAGUGGUGGGGAGUUGGCAAACCGUCCGGGUCCCUGGCAGCGAGAAAACCCUCCGUCUGUCCGAGCUGGAGUCGUCCAGCCUCUACGAGGUGCUGAUGGUGGCUCGGAGUUCAGCCGGCGAGGGCCAGCCCGCCAUGCUCACCUUCCGCACCGGCAAAGAAAAGACCACCUCCUCUAACAAGAACCCACCCAAGCCUCCAAUCAUCUCCAUGCCCCCGAAAGCCCCCGAGGACAAAACUCCCAACACGCACUUUGGUGUCGUCAUCCAUGACAGAGUACCCGUACCCGAAGCGCCCGAUCGUCCCACCAUCUCCAUGGCGACCGAAAGCUCCGUUUACGUCACCUGGAUCCCGAGGGCCAAUGGCGGCUCUCCGAUCACGGCUUUCCGAGUGGAGUACAGGCGUGGACGCAGCGCAGAGUGGGUGGUGGCGGCCGACAACAUCUCACCUCUGAAACUGUCUGUGGAAGUUCGCAACCUGGAGCCCGGCUCCACCUACAAGUUUCGCGUCGUAGCAAUGAACUUGUACGGCGAGAGUCCCCACAGCAUCCCAUCGAAGCCGUACCAGGUUCCCCAGGCCAGUCCUCGGAUCACUGAUCGGCCCGUAGUCGGACCCCACAUCUCAUCCACAGACGCCAUCAGCGACACGCAGAUAAUGCUGCGCUGGACUUACAGUCCAUCGAGUAACAACAACACUCCGAUCCAGGGGUUCUAUAUUUACUACCGGCCCACGGACAGCGACAACGACAGCGACUACAAAAGGGACGUGGUGGAAGGUGUGAAACACUGGCAUAUGAUCGGCCACCUUCAGCCUGAGACGUCCUACGACAUCAAGAUGCAGUGUUUUAAUGACGGGGGAGAGAGUGAAUACAGCAAUGUCAUGAUCUGCGAAACUAAAGCUCGUCAGUCGCCGGGGUCGCCCAGUCAACACCCCAUCACGCCACCGGGACCCCACCCCCAGGAGCCCCCCAGCCCCCCUGGAGGACUGCUGUACCUGAUCGUGGGCUGCGUUCUGGGAGUCAUGGUGCUCAUCCUGCUUGCAUUUAUCGCCAUGUGUCUGUGGAGGAACCGGCAGCAGAACAACAUGCACAAGUACGACCCUCCUGGUUACCUGUACCAGUCAGCGGAGAUGAACGGCCACGUCCUGGAGUACACCACGCUGCCUGGCACCAGCCGCAUCAAUGGAGGCGUCCACGGCGGCUUCGGGCACAGUGGCCAGAUGUUACCCCAGGGGUGCCAUCACCUCCACCACAAACUCCCCAACGGCUUGGCCCUGCUCAACGGCUCCGGCGGCCUGUUCUCGCCCGGCCACCCACACGGCCACGACGGCCCCCUGCCCCACGGCACCAGGGACUGCGAACACCCCCACCCCCACCCUCACCACCACCAUAAUGGUGGGUUGUACACAGCGCUGCCACAAACAGAGUCGUCUGAUUGUAUGAGCUGUCAGAACCUCUGCAACAACAACAGAUGUUACAAUAAGACCAACGGCACUUUCUCGGGUGGGACGCUGCCUCUAAUGCAUCGCGUGGCGCCGUGCCAACAGGACGGCCUGGAGAUGGUCCCUCUGGGCCAGGUGUCCACGCAGUGCCACGGCCCCGAUGGACGCCACGGCAACCGCGGUGACCACGACGACGGCGGGUACCAACCGGACGAGCACAAGGAUUCGUCUCCUUCGCAGCAUUCCUGCUGUCUGGUCGGGAACAACGAAAACUGUCCAGUAGACAACACUGCCGAGGAGGAGCCUGAGUGCGUGGACACUGAGGGCCCCGUAGUUUGCUGGGAGAGCCUCGGUCUGCCGGACUUGGACUGUGACGAAAAGCCCGGGUGGAUCUCCAGCGGCAGCCUGGCGGGGGAUCUGAUCCAGGCCAGCCCACAGGAGGUCUGAACGCCGCCCGCCACGCCCACGCUCCACACAGCGCCGCAGUGUGGGCAGGGUUACGAGAGAACGGACGACACGUGGAGAUAUCACAGCGUUAGACGGGCGGCGCCGGGACAGUCAGAGACACUGCAUGUUGACGGUGACGAGGACUCGAAUCUGUCGGAGGACUGAGCCGAGACGUUAAGAGACUGGAAGCGAAGCCAGACGGACGGAAAAGAAAAGGGAUUGUUGCUCAAAGACAGGAACCGCAUCCCACUGGAGGGAAGACUCUCAUACAGAUCAAAAAACUUUUUAGAUGACUUAUUUAUUUUUUGUAGUAGUAAAAUAUUAUUUCAUAUGAAUGUAUCUGUUUUAAAGAAAAAAGUUUGUCUUUUAUAUUAUUUAUGCCUUUUGGAUGAGAAAUACUUUUUAUUUUUUGUCGUUUUGUCCCUCUGUGUUCCGCUCUACGUGGAGAUUAGCAAUUGUCUGUGUAAAGUUUUGUAAUAAUAUAAAGAGAAGAUAUGGAAGAGUAAACAC